CGCGCCGCUUGCGACCCGCAUCUGUCUGAAAACGGCCAGCGAUAUCAACUGUCUGAGAGAAGAAACUGGUGAUUUUGUGAAACGUUCUAUGGUUGCAAGAGUGCCUGAAGCAUGGCUUUGAACCGUCGAGCACUUUCGGAAUUGUGCUUCGUCGUUGUGAUGCUGGCCGCAGCGGUGGCGGGCGAAGGGAGCGUGUUAGGCGCCGCCGGUCGUCACCCCCUCGCCAAGCCGUCCUCGUGUCACGCCUUCGGGCCGCAAGCCAUCAUGGAGGUCCUUCGCGAGAAGGUCGACGACGUCAACAAAGAUCAGCUGGACAAAUACGUCAAUAUACUGAAAUAUCUAAGAGCAGUACCUGAGAUACUGGAUAGAUAUCUGUUGGGGCAGGGCAUCGCAACCGAGCACGGUGCCGUGUUGGCCGAAUUCGAGACGACGCUGCAGCAGCGACUGCAGGUGGUGCGGCUGGACGUGCUGCUGCCCUGGGUGCGGCUGCUGAAGCUGCAGGAGCUGGCCGAGCAGUCGGGCAGGCUGCAGCAGGCCGCAGCCACCGCCCUGGCCAUCAACCUCCGACUCGCACUGAACUCAACGAAGACAACGAAGCAGAACAUUCUGGACAGCGUUCACGGACUGGUGGACCAGUACCGAGGUCUAUUCCUAAAUUACAAAAUCAUUAUGGACAUGUGGGUAGAAAACGCCUGGCCCGACGACUCCCCAGAGGAAAAGGAGGAAAUCGUCCGCCACAUCUAUAUGCAUGUAAGUCACUUCGAGGAAUAUACUUCGCCGGGGGCGGCGGCAAUGUACGCGUCGUCAGAGACGCGCCUCCACACAGCUUUACAAGUAGAGACGGCCCCCACAGCUUUAGAGAGACCCAAUAUUGUCAAACGCAUGCAAGCGUUCCGAUGAAACAAGCAGGAUUACCAACUCAUGUAGAGAACGCUAAAUGUACUUGAUACAUCCGUGGGGACCGGGAGGUAUCCCAAGCUUAGGGCCGAUGUCCAUUUUUGUCCUUUCUUUCCAGUUACCACCCAUACGGCUAAUAGCAACUUUUCAGGAAAUCGCUCAGCCCCUCUUCCCCCAUAGCCCCUUGUUCUUGCGUCUCUUUCGUUGUUGUGUCUGUUUGAAACGCAAUGUUCACAACACGACUGUCACAUUGCCGUGGAAAUACCGAACCAAAUACCGAACCACCACGCGCGACUCCCCUUGAUUGGAAUCCCCUCACACCGUGCACGUGUCAGAGAACACAUUCGCACCUUCGGUUGGUUAACACCUGUCUUACGCAUCAGCUGAUGUACCGCGGCGGAAACUUCGCAUCUUGUUGCGGGGGCCAUUCCACCCAUAUGGGGCCCGACUCCCCACCCCCUCCCGCCGGUGUUGGGCUGGGUCCCCUCAGUGAGGAAACUAGCCCACAUUACCAUGCGCCCGCUCUUUUAAAUAGUAACAAAUCCAUAUCUUGCAAGAGGAAAACAAAUUUCACAGAUAAGUCACAGUUUCAAGCGUCUCUGAAAUCCCUCAGCCCCUUGCUAGCCUCGGUGGGAUCGGCCGCUGAGCUGGCUCUGAUGAGCCGGGCCUCUGUACUGGCUCUGGUAAGCCCGGCCUCUGUACUGACUCUGAUGAGCCCGGCCUCUGUGCUAGCUCUGGCGAGAACGAAAGCUGCGCUGGGUCUGGUAAGACACGGUCCUGCGCCGGCUCUAAUGGGAUCGCCCAGCUAAAAUGGGUUUUGCUGAACUGCUGUUCAUCAGAGCCAAAUUUGUAUCACAUGCUGUCCCGCAUCAUGCAUUUCUGUCAUGCGAGCUUUCUUAAAUGCUAAGCCAGUCCGCAAAUGUUCAUAGGUUUUCACGAGGUUUUCAUGAGUUAGGCUUUCACCUAACAGCGGGAUCGGGACGGAGAAUCGACGACAAUAUGUUGCCAAUUUCAUAAGUAUUAGGUUACCGGGUUUAAGGCAUAUGGCUUUCACAAAUUACCGAGUAUAAGGUUAGAUCAUUGUUUACCGCCAACUUAACACUUGCAUGAUACCGCACGAGCAUACAAGCAGUCCAGACAUCCAGGCCUCAUGCCCCGGCACACAAUACGCGGUACCGUGCUGAGGGCGGUCGGAAGCGAAGCCGGCUAAGCCAAAAUUUUUCCUGGACACGUGCCUGGCGUAGAACAAAAGAAAUACAGCAGUGAGCGCCAGUGUUCACUUCAACGACAAGCUAACUUUUUGUAAGUGCACAUAACGUAAGCAUCCCUCCAUCAAACCAAGUCCCAAGGCGACGUUUGUUCGCUCAGCUUCGGACGAAUGUAACAAAUUUGCUGCGGUUCUAGUAUCCUGGAAUCUGCGUUGUCUUUUGCGGUCGUUAAAAUUUACACGUCAAAGCUAGUAUUUCAGGAACGUAAUCCACUGCCGUGUAUCGCCCUUCAACGUGUUUGUCUGGUGGAUUGUACGGUCUUCGUAGACGUGCGUUUCUUAAGUGUACAUUAAACCGGUCACGAACGCUGCGUUUCAUUUCUCCUACAUACAUUGUCCGUGCGCGGACGUUUUAAGAUAACUUUGUGCUGAUGCUACGUUCUCCGUGCACAUUUCUAGUUCAGCCGAUUGACACAUAUGUGGCAAGCCCCAUUCCCAGCUGGACACGCCACCACCUCGGGGCUAAUCGAACUAGUAUGAACUUUAAAAUAGGACCCCCAGUCCACGUUGCUCUCAAGCGGUGCAAACCGCUCGAUGCUAUGGCAGCAUUCACCUGCUUGCACACCUUAAGCAUGCACGCAGCACAACUUAUAACAUAAAGUCAACUAUAAGCGGGAUAUUUGCGUAUCCAAAAACUGCUCCUUUUUCUACGACUUCUUAGCGAAUGGGAUGCAUUGUUAAAGUGGGAGCGUGAGUCUCCAGCGGCAGGCCUCACUCUGCAUUCCAGGUAUCCGCUGUCACGCCAAGGAAGGGAUAUUUUAGGGAUAUUUUAGGGAUAUUUUAGGGAUAGAAGGGAUAUUUUAACUGGCCUACACAUACACGACUGGGGAUCAGAAGACACACGGCACAGCUCUCCACAUUUUGACCUAAGUGCUGCCUUUUUAGUAGCCAUUGGGCUUGUCAAAUUUCGGCUAUGGUUUGUAGUAAAGUUCCGUGGUACAUCUUCCAUCUGAGCCUGGGCCAGACCGUCACCCUGGUGGGGGGAGCGUAGGUUACCGGCGAGCCGCCACUUCGCUGUUACGUAGGCGUACUGUGACCAGCCCUGGUCGAGGAUGAAGGAUAUCAUUCUUGAACCAAAGAAAAUGCCUGCCGUCUUUUCACAGUGGCAUGUUGUAGACCUGACGUCAUCCAUAUUAUGGUUCGGUGGUGUUUGUUCCUGUGAUCUGAUUAUGUAUUUUUUACAAUCCGUUAACGCUGU